CUUUCCUUUAUCCUGUCCCUCAACUCCCUCCAAACCUCGCUCUCCCCUCGCCCUAUCACCUCCCGCCCAGCACACCACCCAUCCAGAGCGAGAGCUCGAGGCGGUGGUGUUCUUCUGGCCCAGAGAUCCCAGUCGGGACCACACAUCGACCCUCCUCGGGAAGAGGGCGAGAUCCCCGCCACCGCUCGGUUUUCUUUCAAUGCCCUGGGAACCCUGUCUACAAAAAUGACAGCUCGAGCCCUCUGGCUGCUCUGUUUGAUCAUCGGAUGGUCCCCCGAAGCCCCGGUGGCGGAGAGAAAAGCUCCGCCGCCGCACCGAAAGCCCGGCGCUCGGGAAACGCCGGGCCUGCGCGCGCAGCCGCUCUCUGGAAGCCCGCGGGCGCUGCCGCCCGAGGACGCCGAGCUGGAGACCCAGUCGUGCGCGCGCGCCUGCAGCGGGGACGCGGACGAGCGCGAGGCCUACUGCGCCAGCGAAUUCGCAGCCGUGAACGGAAUCGUGCACGACGUGGACGUGCUGGGCGCGGGCCUGCGGCUGGUGACUCUACUGGUGGACCCCGAAGGGCUGUACAAGAUGAGCCGCCUGUACAUCACUCCCGACGGCUUUUUCUUCCGCGUGCAGAUUCUAGCCCUGGACUCCUCCAAUUGCCAUAAGCCGUGUCCAGAACUUAAACCUGGAAGCCGGUAUAUUGUGAUGGGCCACAUCUACCAUAAGAGACGGCAGCUCCCUACUGCUCUGCUCCAGGUCCUGAGAGGACGCCUGCGGCCAGGAGACGGACUGCUCAGGGGUAGCAGCAGCUACGUGAAAAGAUUUAACCGAAAACGGGAGUGGCAAGUUCGAGGUGCCACCCACACCCCGUGCAUUUGAACAGACCAACCUGGCACGCGUGGGACCCAAGAGACUUGGAACUCAGCAGGAAGACACGGAAGGUGGUUGGUCCCAGCGGGGUCCUUCUGUCUGAAAUUGGCCCACAGCUAGCUACCUUAAGAACGACUUUGCAGCUUAGCUCUAAAGCUGCCACUUUACUUACAAAACGCUGACAAGGUAUGCUCCAGAGCACAGUGGGAAAGUUACAGUGACACACACACACACACACACACACACACACACACACACACACACACACACACACACACAGCUCAGACACCUGACCUGCCAGGUCAACAGACCACACCACUUCGUGUUGUUUUUUAAGUUAUUUUAAUUUAAUACAUUUUUUUUUCAGUAGAAAUAGUUCACAAAACAUUUCUUGAAUUUAAAUAUACAAUUUUGAAUAGUAUCUAUCAUGUGUCAAGAUUUUGUAUUUAAAGCAUUGAGUUUUAAAUUCCACACGAGCGUAAACAUCCCUGUCAGAAUUCAUUUACAUAUGAAAUGUCACUUAGAUCAUAUACUAGGGUCAGAACCCAGGCUAAGUAUGAAAAUUAUGUUUCCAGGGCUAAUUCAAGCAAACUAUCAUUCCAAGUGUGUUCCUGAUGUAACUCUGGGCACUGUCAUGCACCCUUGCUCCGAAUAACUUGUUUUGUACCAAACUGGCUUCUAUUCCAGCACAUUUUCUGGUGUAUCUGAUGUCAUUUUUCUGUUAGGACUCAGGAUCACCAUUGUGUUGGUAAAGCAAGAAAUCUUGCCUUGAAAUCAGAUCUUGGAUGCACCUGG